CUUGUCGUCGUCAACUGAGCGGAGGGCAAGAUGUUUCGGACAAUGUUCGACUCUGACGUGACGACGUUCUCGCCCAUGGGACGUCUCCACCAGAUCGAGUAUGCACAGGAGGCAGUGAAGCAGGGCGGUGCUACCCUCGGGCUGCGGUCGGACGAGCAUGUGGUCAUUGCCGGUCUUCUGCGGCAGACCAAGAAGCUCUCUGGCCACCAGCCGAAGCUGUUUGUCAUUGACGACCACAUGGCGGUCUCCAUUGCCGGCCUCACCGCCGAUGCCCGUCUGCUCAUCAAGUACAUGCGCACAGAGUGCCUCAACAACAAGUAUGUCUUCGACUCGCCGCUCCAGGUCGCCACCCUCGUCGCCGACCUCGCCGACAAGGCCCAGUCACACACCCAGGACUAUUCCUCACGCCCCUACGGCGUCGGCCUCCUGGUCGCCGGCUACGACAAGUCGGGCCCGCAUCUGUUUGAGACCUCGCCAUCUGGUUCGGCGUACGACUUUCGGGCUCAGGCCAUCGGUGCCCGCUCCCAGUCUGCUCGGACCUACCUUGAGCGCCACUAUGAGACGUUUGCUGAUGCCUCGCUCGAGGAGCUCAUCACCCAUGCCCUCACUGCCCUGCGCGAGACGGCGGGUGACACCGAGCUCACUGCUGAGAACGCAUCCAUCAUGAUUGUUGGCAAGGACACGCCGGCCCACGAGCUCGCCGCCGACGACAUCGCCGCCCGUCUGGCGGCCCUCGGUGGCGGUGCUGCUGCAGAGGACGACGCCGCUAACGACGACGACGAGGGCACCAACGAGAACCCGAACGCCUAGUCUGCUGGCUCGACCUUGAAGAUAAAGCUCAGCGCCCUCCGGUCUCGCCGGCCUACAGCUUAAAGAUGAAGCCGAGUCCCA